AUGAAUUUAAACAACAACGACAAUGAUGGCAAUUACCAAAACAGACGCAACAAUAACAUUUUGCUGAAUGACAAAUACAUAAAUUUUAAAAUUUUUAAAAAGGGAGAAGAACUAACUGAUCAGGAGAAAAUAUUUUUAAAAGUUCACACAUACUUAAAUGAGGGAAUUAUCCCCAAGUGUAUCGGAAUGGGCAUUGGUGGAGGAUUUGUGGGUGUUUUAAUUGGCGCCUUUUUUUUUAGUAUGCAACCAACCAAUAUAGAUUACAAUUUAAGUUACAAGGAACAACUGAAGGAACAGUUUCAUUUGUUUAAACAGUCUAUAAAAAGCUCUUGUUUCAAUUUUGCAAAAAUAGGAUUUUUAUUCUCUUUUUAUGAAAAUUCUUUACAAAAAAUUAGAGCAGCAAAUGACAUAACGAAUACGCUAUAUUCUGGCUGCUUAACAGGAGCCACUAUUUCGUACAAAAAAGGGUUACCUUCCAUGCUUGGAGGGUGUGCCAGUUUUGCAGCCUUUUCUGCCGUUAUUGAAAAAUUGCAAAGGUCCCAAAAGUUUUGA